UGUAUCGAUACUAUCGCUAGUGGUUGCCCAGCCCAAUGCCGAUGUACUGUUGAAAAACGUAAAUAAAUGAUUGAAAUCAAAGCUAAACUGGUGCGGGCAGACUCGGCAAUUUAUGCCACUGGCGAGAGGGUCGAGUGCCUGAUCGAGUUCACCCACAAAGUUUUCCAGGACGAGCCAGCCAGGUCCCAAAGCAGAAAUGCCAACGAAGCAAGUCAGGAAAACCUUGCCUGGGCUUCGGCGCAGUUGCAUUGCUACCGGAAGACCAGCUACUCCACUUCCACUGGGGAUAAAACCGCGGAACUAGCGGAGAUGAUUGGCAGAACGGCCCUGGAUGCGGUGACGCAGGCACCAGGAGAGGUGAUUGUGGCCACCAAGCCUAAGAUCCUUUUCUGCGACCUGCGCCUACUGCCAGGGGAGACUAAGAUGUAUUUUUUCAACGAGUUUGUGCCCCGCGAUGGUCCGCCAACCUACAGAGGUCACAACAUCCGGUACUUUUACAAGAUCACCAUUGCAACGCAGCGGGUCAAGUCGAAGGUGCAAACCCUGGCCGUUCCCAUCCGCGUACUGCCCAUUCCCAUUAUUUCCCGGCCGGACGAGCUGCCCGUGACUGUAGAAACCAACGAGGAGCUGGCACCCACCAAUCCCUUCCUGGAGAAGCGCGAGAUCAGCGAACUGGAGAUUUCGUGGCACCACUUAAAGAAUGUCACCGCUCGCCGGGCGCCCAAGUUCUAUCGCAUUUCAAAUAAGCGUGGAUUCGUCGGUCGCUUUUGCCUGUUCAAGCCGGCUUAUAAGCUUGGCGAAGACAUUGUGGGAAGCCUGGACUUUGGCCAGUGUCAGGUGCGUUGCGUCCAGUUCUCGGUGAAGCUGCAGCAGCAGGAGCUCUCCAUCCGGCCGCAGCCCGUUCAGAACCACCAGCUCCAGUCGCAGACCCCCACGGGAGACGACGUCUCCUCGAUUAACUCAUUCGACAUGGCCAGCAUAGCUAGCGGAGUGGUUGCCGACAACCUCCACAAGUCGGCCACCUCGGGAAGCUCGAGGGACAAGGAGGCUCCCGAACCGACUGGCAAACUGUCCACCAUUUCCACCUCCCAUCAGGUGUGCUAUGCCACGCUCCAGACCCAAGUAGUAGUGCCCAUUCCGCUGCAUGUUACGCCCACAUUCCGCACGGACCUCGUCGACGUCCGGUGGCGCCUGCACUUCGAGUUCGUGACCACCACUUUGAUGGAUUUUGGCAUUCCGAAUCCAGAGUUCGGCGAGCUGAAAGCCCCGGCUCAGAUGCCUGUGGAGACGAUGGUGUGGAACCUGCCGGUAACCAUAUACGCUGCAAAUCCCCUCCAGAUAUAUGCCCCCAACCAGACCUUUAACCUGCUAAUCAAGUGAUUGCAAGGCAUUUUACUGCUGCAGUAUGGAAUCGGUCGAUCGAAAUUUAGGUAAUCGUAAAUGCACUACACUUCCUGGACGGAAACUACUGUCAUUAAAUAGCUAAGUUAUCGUAUACUAUUAAAUACAAAUAUUACUAAAUAUGCCUUUUAGUAACCUUGUUCGUCUGAUGAACUAACCAUUGUAUCAGUUUGGUUAAUUUAUUUUAGCCAACAUUUUGAUCA